AUGACUGACCCCUCCAACAUCGCCGGGAUCAUGGACCAUACCGGCACCUCUGGCCACCCGCAGCCGCAGCCGCCAGCACAACGCCAGCCGGUCCUGCGGAGGACCCGGUUCGUCUGCGUCUCCGACACCCAUAACAAUACCGUCAAGUUGCCAAAGGGCGACGUGCUGAUCCACGCGGGGGACUUGACCAACCAGGGCAGCUAUUCCGAGUUAUCAAAGGCAAUCCAAUGGCUCGAGAAAGCAGAUUUUGAGACCAAAAUCGUCGUCGCAGGGAACCAUGACAUCACCCUAGACGCAGACUUCUACUCUCAACACGGAUCACACUUCCACAACCAGACACCACAAUCACCUCAAGACUGCGCAGCCCUCCUCACAAACUCCCCCUCAAUAACCUACCUAGCCCACGAAACAGCAACCAUCCGCCUCUCUUCCCCCUCAGGACCACACACCUCCUUCACAGUCUUUGCCUCCCCGUACUCGCCACGCAACGGCCUCUGGGCAUUCGGCUACGACGCCCCUCAGCACGGCAGUGUCGGCGCCGCGGCGAGUGAUCUACCCACGCUAUGGGACGAUAUCCCCCUCGAAACAGACGUUGUCGUGACGCAUACCCCGCCACACACCCACUGCGAUGAAUCCCGCGCCCGGCGCGCAGCGGGAUGCGAAGCCCUGAGACGGGCCUUGUGGCGCGUCCGUCCGCGGCUCGCUGUUUGCGGACACGUCCAUGAAGGACGCGGCGUCGAGAGGGUAAGUUGGGAUCUGGGCUGCGGCGGCUCAGCAUUCAAAGAAGAAGGCGUCGAACGCUGGAGUGAUCCGGGCCAGGGGAACAAGCAGUCCCUCGUGAAUCUGACAAUCAAGGGCGGGAACCCUCUCCGCAGCGACGGUUCGCACCCGGGGAGGAGUGCAUACGACGAGGCUGUGGGGAGGACAGCUUCCGGUCUGUCUCCGUCUACCCCCGAAACGACGUCAGAAUCCGCCGCAGACCCAGGCCUCGGCACCCGCGGCCUCGGCGGCGAUCCGACAUCACCCCGCACCGACGUCGCCGCGCUCGCUGGACGCCUUGGCCGGCGGGAGACGUGCGUCGUUAACUGCGCCAUCAUGGCGAAGAGUUAUCCGCACGUCGGCGGCAAGACGGCCAACAAGCCUAUUGUAGUGGACCUGGAUUUGCCGGUGUGGGAGUGGGAUCGCGAUGGGAUGCCGCGGGUCGUAUAUGCGGAUUGA